AUGGAACUUCACAGAUUCGCUGUCAUCACUCUUUUCUUCACAUCAUGCAUUCUCCAUUUAGCCUCAGCUGCAAAAGUUCCCCAAGCCUACAAAACAUUCAUCAAAACCUCAUGCAAUACCACAACCUACCCUUCACUCUGCAACAAAAAUUUAUUACCUUAUGCUUCCUCUGUCAAGACAGAUUACAUCAGGCUCUGCUCCGCGGCCCUCUCCGUGACCAUAAAGGCCGCCAAGAAAACCUCGGGCUUAGUAACGAAUCUGGCAGAGCAGAAGGAUCUGACAGAAGCCGAGGCCGCGGCCAUCAGGGAUUGCAUUGAGAACAUUGAGGACAGUCUUGAUGAGCUGCAGCAAACGGUGGAGGCGGUGGCUAAUCUGGAGGGCUCGGACAGGGCGUUUCAGCUGUCCAACGCCAAGACAUGGGCUAGUGCUGCAAUAACUGAUGAGGAUACUUGCAUGGAUGGAUUCUCGGGGCGGGAAGUGAGUUCUGGUGUGAAGAACAAGGUGAAGAAGAGCAUUUUGGCUGUUACGAAACUUAAUAGUAACGCUUUAUCCCUAAUUAACCGUAUCUAUUGA